GACCGAUCAUAUUGGGGCUCGAAGGUUAUUGCAACACAAAACAUGGCAAUCACUCGUUCGGAAUCUCUAUCGCGAGGCAGCAUUCGUUGCGACUCGAGACGGGGAAGUAACGGGAAACUUUCUGGGCGUCCGACAAGACAAUCCCAACCUCUUGAGCCGUGCUGAACCGACGGCCAACCUGCUUACUAUCUCUCCGCAACCGCAACCACCUUCUGUUGUGCAACAUACUACUAUUAGUCUGGAUACUCAAGGCUAACAAACAACCCCAUCUCGGUCUGGCAUCAAAGAAGUCGCACUUCUGAUCGCUGGCAUCAUUGAAUCAAACCAACAUAUAUCCAGCAGUGUCUCCAGUCUGACACAUAUUGCCGACCUUCGGAAACCUCUCACCUUUCACUGAUAACGCAGUCAUCGCGACCAAAAAGCUUGCAGGAUGCCUGUCACGGUGUUAUCGGACCAUGAUGUUCAAAGAGUAUUGCACUCUCUUACCAGUCAGGAUAUCGAUGACAUUCAACAAUCUCUGGCUGAUGCCUUGCAUCAAUAUUCCACAGCUGGAGAGGAGGACGGUUGCUGCUCAGCAUACCAACCUCAAAGAAUUCACAUGAAAAGAACCGAUGGAGCGACCAGCUUGUUCAUGCCGGCAUCUAGCAGCUCUGGCAUGGGUGUCAAAGUUAUCACUCUGGAUUCGGUCAACAAACCAGAAACCACCCCGGACCUCAAGAGAUUAUCUAUCGGAUCAACCAAGUCGACACAAUCUUCUACCAGUGGCCCCAAGUCUCGACCCACCUCCAUGUCUGGUACGACUUUAGCUUCUUCUAUAUCAGACGAGUCAAAACCAGCUUCAGUACCUCGUGGUUCCUUGACCUUGUUCGACAACCAAGGGAAUCCCAGUGCUUUGGUCAAUGCUGAGGAACUCACUGCCUUUCGCACAGCUCUGACCAGCUGUAUGCUUCUUAAGAGAAGACACAAAGUGCACGACUUGACCGUCUUCGGCGCGGGCAAGCAAGCCUACUGGCACAUCCGCUUAGCUCUCCUUCUCCGCGGCUCAGAAAUUCACCACGUAAAUGUUAUCAAUCGCUCCUUCGACAGAGCACGCGAAAUGUUGAUGAAACUCUACAACCCCUUCCCGGAUGACCCAGACUAUGAGAACCCUCUCGGCCACAAAUACGGCAACAAGACCAAGACAAGCAUCCUCACCACCGGCCACACGGAAUAUACCCGCCUCCUCAAAGAAUACGUCCGCAGCGCUAAUGUCAUUUUCUGCACGACCCCCAGCACACAACCUCUGUUUCCUCCAAACUAUCUUCUCAACCCUGGGGGCCGCAAGAAGGGCCGCUACAUUGCACUCAUCGGCAGCUACAAACCACACAUGAUCGAACUCCACCCCGACAUCAUCAAAUCCGCCGUAGCACCCCACCACGAACACCGCCACUUCCACAAACAUCAAAAGGAAGGCGGUGCCAUCAUCGUCGACAGUAUAGAAGCUUGUCUCCAAGAAGCUGGUGAAUUGAUCCAAGCGAACGUUCAACCCCACCAAGUCGUCGAGAUAGGCGAACUCGUAUUGCUCAAACGUGAAGCUGAGAAGGCGGCUGCAGAGGCGGCAAAGAAGGGUGAUACUGAUAACAAGGGCGACGGCAUUCAAGUUUCUGAUGAUUCAGGCUUGAAAGAGUGGCUUUGCAAAGGUAACGUUAUUGCCAAGAUUGUCGGGUUAGGGUUGAUGGACGUGGUUGUUGGUAAUGAGGUUGUUAGGAUUGCUAGGGAGCGUGGUAUUGGUACGCAUAUUGCUGAUUUCUAGAUUGGAGGUUUUUUUCGGACAUGUUGUCAGUAAACAUCUUUUGAAUCAGAAGAAGCCAUCACAUCUAUAUCCUUCCAUCGCAUCCACCUUCCUUCCUUCCAAUCACGAGUUUCGCA